AUGAGACUUUCUUCAUUGGCUCUGUUUCUCCUGAGAGCUGGGGUUUAUAUGUCUUCAGAGUGUUUCCGUACUGAAAUUAUUGGAGGGAGGGAAGUACAGCCGCAUUCCAGGCUGUUUAUGGCUUCCAUCCAGUACCGCAGCCAGCAUAUUUGUGGAGUCCUGAUCCACCUCCCCCAGUGGGUGCUAACAGCCGCCCACUGCUACUCCUGGUUUUCCAGAGGCCACUAUCCCACAGUGGUUCUAGGAGCGCGCUCUCUUUCGAAGAAGGGGCCCAUGAAACAGACGCUUGAGAUUAAAGCAUUCAUCCCCUUCUCAAGAUUUCAGUCAGGUUUCACGUCACACGAUAUCAUGCCCAUAAAGCUUCGUGCUGCUGUGGAACUGAACAAGUACAUCUAACUGAUUCACCUGAGUUCCAAAACCUAUCUUAGGGAUGGACCCAAAUGCCAGGUUACUGGCUGGGGAGCCGCCAACCGCCAUCUGUUAACCCACUCUGAUACCAAACGCUGCAACAGCAAAUGCUACUACAACCACAACCCUGUUGUAACCAAGAACAUGAUGUGUGCCGGCGAUGCCAGGGGCCAAAAGGACUCCUGCCAGCGUGUCCUCUGCAUUUACUCAUCCACCAGUGUGAACUUCUCCAGCCUUCAAGUAGCUCUCAUUAAAUGCUUGUUCAUCAGACAGCAGACUGUGUACUUCUACAGGUAUCCGUGGGGAGGCAUUGCCAUCCUUAGAAAGUUUGCCAACCCUGAGUCACAAGUGGAAAAUAACUUACUCUUCCCCGAAAGGACCGCCUUUUAA